GAAGAAGUUCAGUUUCACCACGCUAUCUGUUAUUGUUAUGUCGCUAUGCUGCCUUAAGACAAACGAUUAGAGAUAUAUAUAUUUAAAAAAAAAAAACAGUUUUUGAAUAAGUUCAGUAAAUACCUCUCAUCCUCACAGUCGCUUGAAGCGAGCAGGAAUAUCUGGAGGAGUUUAUCAUCUGAACUGAGAUCUGCUGCUGUGAAGAUGGAGUUUGUGAAAGAGGAGAGAGAAGAGAACAUGAGUGAACCAGAAACCUGGAGAAUAAAACAAGAGGAACCAGAAGAGUUCAUUGAAGAAAAAGAGGAAAAUGAAGAAUCGAGUGAAGUUGAGGAGAAAAAUCAUGUCAAAACCUGUGGAAAACUUUUGAUUUGCUCUCAAACUAAACUGAAAGAUUUAAAGAAAAAAAGAGUUGAGAUAUAUUUCACCUGCACUCAGUGCGAAAAGAGUUUCACAUGUAAAUCAAAUCUUAAGCGUCACAUGAGAAUUCAUACUGGAGAGAAACCAUUCACUUGCGAUCAGUGUGGAAAGAGUUUCACAUGUAAAUCUAAUCUCAAGUGUCACAUGAGAGUUCAUACUGGAGAGAAACCAUUCACUUGCGAUCAGUGUGGGAACAGUUUCACACAAUCAUCAAACCUUAAGGAUCACAUGAAUAUCCACGCUGGAGAGAAGCAGCACGCAUGUGAUCAAUGCGGUAAAAUGUUUUUAUGGGCUUCACUUCUGAAGAAACACAUGAAACUUCAUGCAAAGAAGAAGCCACAUUCAUGUCAUUUGUGUGGUAAGAGUUUUUUGCAUCUACAAAGUUUGAAGGAACAUCAGAAAAUACAUAAUGGUGUGAGAGAGUACAUGUGCUUUGGGUGUGAAAAAGCUUUUAGUUCAGCGAGCAAUCUGAAAAAACAUGAGAGGAUUCACACUGGAGAGAAACCUUAUAAGUGUUCACACUGUGACAAGAGAUUCAGUCACUUAUCAAAUCUGAAAACACAUGAAAGAAUCCACACUGGAGAGAAACCUUAUAAGUGUUCACAUUGUGACAAGAGAUUCAGUAAAACAGGAGAUCUGAAAACACACGAGAGGAUCCACACUGGAGAGAAACCUUAUAAGUGUUCACACUGUGACAAGAGAUUCAAUAAUUUAUCAAGUCUGAUAACACAUGAGAGGAUUCACACUGGAGAAAAACCUUACAAGUGUUCACACUGUGACAAGAGAUUCAGUGGUUCAUCGAGUCUGAAAACACAUGAGAGGAGUCACACUGGAGAGAAACCUUAUAAGUGUGCACACUGUGACAAGAGUUUCAGUCGGUUAACAAAUCUGAAAACACAUGAGAGGAUUCACAAUGUAGAGAAAGCACAUCACUGCAAUGUACGUGGGAAGAUUUCCAUUAAGUCAUCUGUUAUACACAGUCAUACAAAAAAACAAACACCGUAAGGCCCCGUACACACGGAAAAACAUUUACUUGUAUAUGUAAAUAUUUUGUAUGGUAUAUGUGUUUCGUCCAGAUGGAUCCAGCAUUCAAGGGCGUGAAAAUGCAAUUUUUUUUAAAACCAGUUCCCAGAGUGGAUAAAUCUGAAAAUGACACCUUUGGGUUUUUGUGUACUGUAAACUUACUUGUAGAGCUGCACGAUAUUGGGAAAAAAAGACUGUAUUUGUGUGUGUGUGUGGAAAAUAGAAUCAUUCAUGGGACAUCCGCAAAGUAGAAAUAUCUAAACUUAAAAUAUCUAAAACAAAUAAAUUGUUAUUCAUCUAUUGCUCAAAAGCAAAAUGAACUCAUACAAAAUAUACAUGAUAAACAGGUGCAAGCAUAUGCAGAGCUUCUAUUUAGGCUAUAACAAGGAUUGAUGGGAGAUACUAAUUCAAAGGCACACCUUUUGUUAAAAAAGGUUUAAUUUCUUCCUUUAAUAUUCCUUAAAAAAAAUCUAUAAUAUAGACCUAAUGUAAUUAGUUAGGUUACACAAUUUUACCAAUUUUACCUACGUUCGUUGACAGCUUGAAGCAGGGUUUUUUUCAUUGUUUUGAUGCCAGUAUCUGCAUCGCCUUCUUUAGCAAGGAUGCGUUUGAGGACGGUGACAGCUGGAAUGACGUCAGCGGCGGAGGCAGUUGAUGAGCUUACUUUUCUUGUUAGCUCUUCAAAUGGUGGUAGAACAAUGCCCGUUUUUUCUAGCAAAGCCCACUGGUUAGCGGUCUGUGUACUGGGCAGGUCAUGGUCAGCAAUGUAAGCACAGAGGACUCACUUCUGUUUCAGAAGGCUCUGUAUCAUCAAGUACGUAGAAUUCCACCUUGUUCUGACGUCUUGUUGCAUCAUGUUUAAAAUGCCCCACAAUUUGUCUACCGAUUGCAAUGGCAUCGCUCACACUACGUUGUGACAUUAGUCCCACGUUGACUACAAGCUGUGAGCAAAGCAGCCUAAGCUCCGCACCCCAAUGUUGUCCAUGGCCUUUUUCAUGUUGCUUGCAAGCACUUUAUUCAAAGGAAUGUGCCACUGGUCAAGUAUAUCCUUAAUUGCAGCCGAAAUUGUAUCACUGGUGUGUGAACCAUGAAAGUUCUUAGCUUGAAGCAUUGCACCGUGUGGUGUACAGCUCGUGUCCAACCAGUGGACUGUUAAAUUUAAAAGCGACAUCGGACUCACAGCAGAGCUCCAUGUAUCUGUAGUAAAGCUCAUAGCUUUUAUAUCUUUAAUCUCUUUCAAGACGUGUUCGCAAACUUUUUUGUACAGUUCUGGCAGUGCGGUCUCUGAAAAAUACUUGCGUGAUGGAAGAGAGUACCUCGGCUCUAAGUGUUCCAGUAGGCGACGGAAGCCUUUGUCUUCAACAUCUGACAUUGGUUGAGCAUCUAAAACAAUGAAUUCUACAACUUUUUGUGUAAUUGCCGAUGCUUUUAUGCUUUCCAUCGGAAACUUUCCCGUCGUUGAAAUGCAUCCUGCAAAGUUAGUUGCUGGGCUGUAUUGUCCAGUCCUUUUGUUUUGCUGAGCUGCAUGGAUUUAGCGUGCUCCUUCGGCUCUAAGUGUUCCAGUAGGCGACGGAAGCCCUCGUCUUCAACUUCUGACAUUGGUUGAACAUCUAAAACAAUGAAUUCUACAACUUUUUGUGUAAUUGCCGAUGCUUUUAUGAUUUCCAUCGGAAACUUUCCCGUCAUUGAAAUGCAUCCUGCAAAGUUAGUUGCUGGGCUGUAUUGUCCAGUCCUUUUGUUUUGCUGAGCUGCAGGAAUUUAGUGUGCUCCUUAGCAUGGUGUUUAUGGAUGUGCUUGAUUAAAUUGGUAGUAAUACCACCUCCCCUUAAAACAUUUACUUUGCAGACAUUGCAAACAGCCGACACACUAGUUUGCGUGGGAAGUGUGAAAUAUCUCCAAACAGCCGACUCUCUGGAACGCUCCAUGUUGCUUCUAGCAUGCGACACACGUGAAGCUGACGAAUGACGUAGGUCCUGCAACGAGAAAAAAAAAAAAACCUACGGGGCCAAGCAAUCCAACGGCAAAUUUAGGAGGUAAGCAUGGCAUGGAGGACCACAUCAAAUGCAACAGUGAGCAGUUACAGCAAUUUUAGGAUGAUUGUUAUUGAAAUGGCUGAAAAAUCAUAAAUACAACCACUAUUAAUAAGAUUAAAUGGCCUAUCACUUUUGACCAACAGGUGAUGCUGUAAUCAAAUCAUUUUUGUGUGUUCUGUGUGAGAUGACAAUAACACACAAAAAGUUUAGUGUAAAUAGGCUAAAGCAUUACAGAGAUACAGCUUGAAGUGUCAUUUUGGCAUGAUGCCUCAAUUUCGUCACGACGGUAUGCGAAAACGGAUUUGUGUAUUGAUACAACCUCCAUAAAAUUUUGUCGGCAGUCUAAAAAUCGUCCGAAUCAAAUUUGUUGAUGCGCUAAAUGAAAACUGGUUCGUAUAUCGACACGAAAUCCAUACGUUUUUUCCAGCAUGGUCUGAAGAUGAUCCACGUCAAAUUUGGUGAAAAUCGGACUAACUGUCUAUGGUGGACAGGAAGUAUGGCCACUUUUUCGCAUAAUGGGUAUUGAUACUGUUGGCAUGACCCACAGAAUUUAGCGAGAUCGCUUUCAUUUCAAUUGUCUAAUUUAUUCAAAAGUUAUUAGCAUUUGUGAUAUUCCAUAACUCUUGACCACAAGGUGGCGCUGCCAACAAACUUUGAGUUGAAUCUAAAGAAUCUAAACCAUUUAGAAGUUGUAAACCAAAAUAUGCAUUUUUCAUAUCUCCUGACCACUAGGUGGCGCUGCGUCGAAACACUGCAGGUAGUCUCAGGUCAUGCUUAUUAUAACACUCACCAAUUUAGUCUCAAAAUGCCAAACCGUUGCCGAGAUAUAGCCUCACAUGAAUUUUUGCAUGCUUUUUCGUCAAAUUUGUUCACGUGUCAUUCGAGAACGGUUGGACUAAAUCAACUUGAAUUCCAUAACUUUUU